ACUGGAUAUCGACUCCGAGACGAUGAACAUCGAGCAGAACGAGCUCAACGACGAGCACCCGCUCGUCCUCGAACUCUCCAGUCUCAGACAAACAGCUGCUCGCUUUCAGCAUGAAGCACACCAAGCUGCACUCAAACUCCAGCGUUACACUCUAGCAGCAGCACAAACAAACGCCCGCUUACAUCUCCUCGAAUCACAACAUUCCUUGCUCGCUUCUGAGCUAGCUACCCUCCGUGCUCACUCUCUCCCCCCGCCCAACUCUCAAUCAGAUAUUCACGUCGUCCAAGAGCUCACUCUCGCACUAAGACGCUCUUCCGAGAAACUCGAUCUCACAGAACAUGCAUUGGCAGAGAGGGCGGCUGAACUCGUAAACAUCCUCAACGAAGCUCACAGAGCACGACACGACGCAGAAGGCGCGUACAAACUCGCCGCAAGUGCACGUGCACGCGAAGAGGAAGGUAAAGUCCGCGAGCGUGGAUUGGCAACGCGUCUCCAAGCUGCAGAGGAAGAGCGCAGACUUAUAGAGCUCGUGGUGCACGAGUAUGCUGAUCUCGUGCGCAGUUUGGAUGGCAGGAAGAGCUCGCUUGGUAAUGGGAGUGCAGUACUGCAAAACGCAUCUGCGUCUGCGUCUUCUCUCACCCUUGUCGAAGGGCUCCACGAGGGCAAAACAAACUUGCAUCGUCUCAUGACCGAAUUUGCUUUCGAGAACGAGAAAAGCGAAACGACCAUUACCCAGCUACGCAAUGAUAUUGCGACUUUGGAAAGCAUCCUCGAUGCAGAGCGCAAAACCGCCGCUCAGGACCGUGCUCAACUCGCGAAAGCACAGUUAGAUCUAGAAAUACUAAAGCUAGAUGAUACCACUGCAGCCAAGAUGGUCUCGCGAUACAUGAAAUUCUCGCAAUCACAGACUAAUGCCCUUCAAUCCACUCUUACGACUCUACAAACACGACAUACAUCCACCCAGCAUACUCUCCAAUCCACAAUCAACGAUACCGAAGCACGGAUGCACGCUCACAUGACUGAGAACGCACGUCUUCGCGACGCUUUGGAAGAGCUCGGCGAAGAAGUCACCAGGGAGGCAUAUGGGCGGCGGAGGGAGGUCGCACUGCGUCUUGCACUCCUCGCACGGGAAGAAGCGCUUGGCGAAGCAUUACGAAGAUGGGUUCGAAGGGCCCAGGAAGGAAUUCACCGCUGCACAGAUGCAGAUAGUCAGAUGUAUGCGACUUUAGAGCGGGUAGUGAAAGAUGCAGAGAGUCUUUUGAUGGCGCUGGAUGCGGAAGUGGUUUUGGAAGAUGGAAGUAAGGUCCCUGGUGUACUGGGGAGGCUGGUUCUUGCUAAGGACGCUGUGAUGAGGAUGAGCGAAGAGAUUGGGGUGGAGGUAGGGAGAAGGGUCGCUGCUGAGCGGAGGCUUUCUCUAGGCAUGGGAUCUCUUGACGAAACUGCCCACGAACAGACCGUUUCAGUCGAAGGAACUCCCGUUGAUGUUACAGAACGUCCGACCCAUACAAAGGACGCGAAUACUGAUAUCCCGCAUACACAGGAUGAAAUACCAGCUUGUUCACAAGUGCCUACAUCUCCUCCAAGUCUCCCGGCAGGGGGAAACAAAGACACCGAGGGUACGCCCUCACCCAUCAUACGGGACAUCACGCCUGGUACUUCCCAGCUGCUUCGCGAAUUACCUAUUGAACUAAGUCAGUCACCCGCUGUCUCAAUCCUCGAUCUGACGCAGACCCCGGCUGGGGAAGCGGCGUGUAUUUUGCCUCCGUCUGCCGAGCCAUGUACACCUUUGGCUUCCGCGAAUGAACUGACUAUGGAGCAUGACACCGAAGGAAUUUCGGAUACUCAAGAGACUCGAUCACUCGUUCAAACACCUACGCCUCCUCCAAGUCUUCCAGCAGAGGUCCAAAGGGACACUGAAGGUGCACCUUCAACCGUCAUACCCAACAUCAUGUCUGGUACUUCGCAGAUGCUUUUCGAUUUACCCAUUGGGCCGACUGGGGAGGCGGUCUGCACUUUGCCGUCGUCUGCUGAGCUGCGGACGCCUUUGGCUUCUGCGAAUCAGCUGACUAUAGAGCACGACGCCGAUGAAAUUUCGGAUACCAAGGACACUACAUCACCCCUUCCCCUAACAACUCCUGCAAAACAGAAAGAAAAUCCCACUAACCAAUUCCUGGAAAGAAACGAGGAUUCCGGUAUCUUCUUUUCACCAGCUGCUGCAACUCCAGAAAUUAAAGCUAAUGAACCGAACAAUUUAAUCGCCACUACCAUUCCGUUAUCACAACCCCCCUCCAUCCCAAACGAACUCUCGUCCUUACUUUCCUCCCUCAACAAAGUCAACUGCCGCUACGACGCCCUCCAAUACGCAUUUCGCGACUGCUCUCUCGCGCUCAAAGACCUCAAACGCGUGCUCCCUCCCGUCACCAUCACUUCAUCGUCCCCACCAAUACCAACACCAUCCCCCCAAUCCCUCCUGCGCACCGCCCUAGACCGCAUAUCCGACUACACCGAAGACGCCCGCGUCGAGCUCGAAAUCCGCAUCACAGACGAAGCACUCGCUAUUCGCGGCUUCGAAACCCUACUCACCGUCCCUGGUGCGCUCUGUCUUUCGUCCGAUUUGGAUUCAAACCUUGAAGAAAUGCGGGCGUUUGUUGAGGGGACGGAUGAGGGUGUGAGGAGGGCUAAAGAGAGGCUCGAGGGGAAAUUGGGGGAUGUACAGCAUGAUGUGGCUGUUGUCAAGCGGGCUGUACAUGAGCUUCAGGUUCAGGUUGACGAGGAGGUGGAGGAGAAGAAGGAAGGAGAUAAGGAUACAGAGCACAAAAGCUGGUCUGCAUGGACAUCAAGCCUGCUCCCUCGUUCAUCCACCCCUACACCCACCCAAACACCUACAUUCGGUUCGGUGAUGACUUCUCCGCGAUUAAACCGUGCCCCCUCGGAGAAGCAACUAUUUUCGCUUGGGGAGCUGGAGUUGAAGAUUCCUAUGCCGUUGCCUGCAUCUGUGUCUCCGCCUCAACCUGGGUAUGGGGGCCUUGGCCUUGGGGCAGGAGUUACGCCGGGAUUGGGACGUCAACGGACGAUGUCGAUGAUGUAUUCACUGGGAAUUGGGUCUAGGGCUUCCACUUCGGUGUCGUCGUUGGUGAUGCCUGGGAUGUCACCUGUAAAGAGUGGGGGAAGUAGGGGUAGGUUUGUUACGACCCCGCUCGCUGGUCAGACUCACGGUGAUCGUGAUGAAAGUGAUGUCGAGUGAUGGGUAUUGUCACUUGUGGGCGUGGUUUGGUGCUAUGCUUGGUUUAGUGCUUUGUAUGAUGCAUGGCUAUGUCGGGACUAUUAUUGCAUACCUCCUACUUACUAUGAAUUGGAAAAUGGAUACGUCGAUCGCGAGCGUUUUCAACAUCGG